GGGGAGACGAAAUCAUGCGCGUCCAUAGGGCCGCCGAGGUCGGGGAUAGACUGCCUUGCGAGUUAAAAGGCGGCUUGACGGGAGUGGUAUUGGUAUCGGUAAGGACAAGGAGCUCCGUGGGUGCUGGGGAAGAGGAGAGGGGCACCGCAGGCACAUUUUCCUUGGAGUCUGUAUUCGCGGUGGGAGAGGACGGCGACCGUCUCUCGGCCCGCCACUUUUUCGAAUCGCGUGACCGUGGUUCGGACGAUGAAGAUGGUGGUGGUGUGUUGACCGACGAGAGCUUGCCCUCCAAGGCCUCAGAGAUCAUCGAUAGUGUUGAUUGGCUAGAAAAAAGACCAGCUGAUUCUGCUCUCGAGCUGUUCUCGACCGGUGUAUUUGUGUUAGCCGGUGAUGAUGAUGAGAAGAUGGCAGGCGUUGCGGACAUCUCCGCAAUAGAGUCCUUUGCCUCCAUUUUUGCAAAAUACUUGAACUGUCCUGGGGGGCCUAUUAAAUUGGGUGGUCAUCAGCUCUUGGACGAAUAUUUGGCCAAUGUUUGGCAGCAGCGUGAUCAAGCGUGGGGCGAGCGGUCCAUGAUUGAUGAAAAGAGCUUCCAGCUCAUGAAGUUGCUCUGGUGUAAACUUGAUUCACGACUAGAAUGUCCCGUGGAUGAGGCGGUCGCGUGGGCGGGAUGGAGGAUCGACGUGCUCGUUUCGACAUCGUCUAGGACCGCGUUAGACGCGUUUGUUAUCAGUGGAGUGGUGUUAUUCGUGUAUAGAGACUCCAUUAUGGGUGAUAGUUCACGUCAAUUAGUCGCUUUCCGGCCAAUGCUGGAGGCAAGCAGGUCGUGA